UAAUACUACAUUUUAUGUGUUUUUAUAGAUGGAAUUCGUUAGAUACAUAUAUGUGAGAUACAACGGACUCGUCGAUGGUAUACACUAUGUUGGUGGGGCUACAGAGGUCCUUCCCCUCGUCAACGAAACUAUUGAGAGCCUGAUGUGCAGCGUCAACAAUAUUAUGAGGACGCAUUCGUUGAGCUCGAGCUACCAAUUGUAUUAUUUGGCGACCAAUCUAUUUGGUAGGGAGAUGAAAUGUGGCUUGGCCACAGACGAUGACGUGGAAGCCUUGUUGGCAACUGCCGACUAUCCCAUGGUGUACGUUGAGCACUACAACGGUCCGAUUGUAGAAGAAGCCUACAUCCCUACUUUUAAUUUUGCUGAACCUUCGGGACACGUAGAUGAAGCACAAUGCAGUCAGUAUGAGACGCCGUAUUAUCAUCAUACGUCGUUUCAUGGUGUCCAGAGCUCGCCUCCACGACAAUAUUUUACAUGGGAUGGACAACCGCUAGACGAAUCUGCAUGGAAUCAAACCGAAAGGCUUAAUGAAGUAUGUGGGAGAUUGAACGAUGUGCGGACAGAUGAUGAACCUGAGCACGAAGCUGAAGGCUCGGUUGCAUCAGGAGACGAUGAUGAUUCUGAUGACGAAGAAUUUGACCCUGCGCUCGAGGUGGGCACUGCUUCUGAUGCCUCUGAGGAUUUAUUAGACGACGAUCUAAUUGAUUUCACGGAGACCGAGCGAGCAGGUUGGAUCCGACAAAGUACAACACGUGACGGAGAUCCGACAGCCGAGACCGGUGAUCUAACUAAUUGGUUAGUUCCCUUGAUUCCAGUGGACGCCUCGGCUUCGCUGGUUGCUCGCGAGAGUGACCCUUCUAGAGUUGAUGAUCUGCAGAAGAAUUCUUUUUACAACAGCAAAGACGACCUGAUCAUUGCUGUUGGUUUGUGGAACAUGAAGCGAGGCACUGAGACAAAAGUUGUCCGCUCAGAUCCGGGACGAGUCUAUUUCUCGUGCAAGCACUCUGACAACUGCAAUUUCGAUCUUCGUGCGUCUGUUCACGGCCGAGGGAUGUGGAGAGUGCAUAAGUUGAAAGAGCAUUCAUGCGAAGGGGACUUGCGCACAGCUAAAAAAAUCAAGGCGCACUCGAAGGUGGUGGCAGCGUUUGUGGCAAACAGAAUACGCGAUGAUGGAGAGGUCAUUAAGCCGAAAUCCAUCAUGGCUGAGUUAGUACGCGAUUUCGGCAUCAAAAUCAAAUAUGAUGUCGCGCUGCGUGCAAGAAAUCUCGGGAUGGAUAUGAUAUACGGUCGAGUUGAUGAUUCGUUCCUCCUGCUCCCAAGAUAUCUGUAUGCCCUGAAGGAAGCGAAUCCUGGCACCUUAUAUGAUUUGGACGUAGAUGUAGACUGCCGGUUCAAACAUUUGUUUGUUGCUCUGUGGGCUUCCAUCUCACCUUUCUACUUUCACCUUCGACCAGUGAUUGUGGUUGACGGCACACACCUGAAGGGCAAAAAUAGUGGCAUUUUGUUUGUCGCCGUGACAAAAGACGGAAACGAGGCAGUUUUUCCCUUGGCGAUCGGUGUCGGUCCGAUCGAGAAUGAUGAGUCGUGGAAGUGGUUUAUGUCACAUCUGAGAGGUGCUUGCGGCGAGCCCGAUAACUUACUUAUUGUAUCUGAUGCGCAUGUCUCCAUCGCUAAUGCUGUGAAGAGCGAGUUUCCAAAUGCUACUCACGGUAUUUGCUACUACCACUUGUUGAACAAGAUGAAGGGUUACGGGCCCGGUGUUGCUGAGCUUUUCCGCCAGGCUGCAUACGCCUACGAGCAAUCAGAUUACACGCGUGCAAUGUCAGCCAUGGCUGCUCUGAAGCCAAAGGCGUACGAGAAGUUGUUGCGCGUAGGCCCGGAGAAGUGGGCACGAUCACAAUGUCCUGUGUCCCGUUACAGUUUCCUUACAUCCAAUGCCACCGAGAGUUUUAAUGCACGUUUGCUGUGGGCCAGGCGUCUUCCAAUCUGCUCGAUGUUGGAGGCAGUCAGAUUAGUUGUCGAGCAGUGGUUCAACGACAGGCUUGCGGCCGCACAAGAGAGCGAUGAAAAUCUGACUCCGGAGGCAAAACAGAAGCUCAGUGCAGAACUUGUAAAAAGUCGUCGUUACACAGCCAAGAGGACCACCGAGAGAAAAUACAGGGUUCGUGCUAGUGGUCGCCAUUAUAUGGUUGACCUUCAAAAGCAGAGCUGUGAAUGCAACGAAUUCAACGAGGACCAGAUGCCGUGUUCUCAUGCGAUUGCAGCCAUUACUGAGGCGAACGAGUCAGUGGAGGAUUACGUGCACUCUUACUACUGGAACAGUUCACUAGUUGACACAUACUCUGGUGACGUUAACCACUUGCCUCCCAUAGAGAAUUGGAAUAUUCCUUUCCGAAUUGCAUCUCAGCUUGUUUUACCAAAUCUCUCUCGGCGACAAGCUGGUCGUCCAAAGGAAACUCGAGUUCGAUCCGCAGGUGAAAGGCCGACUCAAAACACAUCAACAGCGGAGGCAUCAACUAGUAGCAAGAAACGAGCACCCAAAACGUGUGGUCUCUGUGGCGGGUCUGGUCACACACGUCGAUCGUGCAAGGGUACGGCCACCGAUGCGUAGUCGUAUUUAUGACAUUAAGUUCAUUUAGAGUUCCCUAAUUUAUUUUUCUGUUUUAUUUAAGUUCAUUUAGAGUUCC